AUGUCUGGUCGUGGUAAAGGAGGUAAAGUAAAGGGAAAGUCAAAGACCCGCUCAAGCCGUGCUGGUCUCCAAUUUCCGGUAGGUCGUAUCCAUCGUAUGUUGCGUAAAGGAAAUUACGCUGAACGUGUUGGUGCUGGUGCUCCAGUAUACCUUGCCGCCGUCAUGGAAUACUUGGCGGCUGAAGUUCUAGAGUUGGCUGGAAACGCUGCUCGUGACAACAAGAAAACCAGAAUUAUUCCCCGUCAUCUUCAGUUGGCCAUCCGUAACGACGAAGAGUUAAACAAACUUCUCUCUGGAGUCACCAUCGCUCAAGGAGUGGAUGGCACAGAGGUUAGUGUCUUCAAAAAGACUGACGAGGUAGGCCUCGCUGGCUUCCUGGAGGGCCAUAACAGCAGAGCUCUGGAACCGCAGGUCAGUCUUGAAGUCCUGGGCGAUUUCACGGACGAGACGUUGGAAAGGCAAUUUACGGAUUAA